AUAAUUAUCAUUUUUACAAUGGUUUUUUUCUGGUACUGAAAGAGCUCGACGUUGUCGCGAAAAGAAAGAAAAAGGUGGUUUGAGCGAGAUCGUGAAACAAAAAGAUCGUACGCGUAAACAAUUAGCUCGUUCAAAUAUGUCAUCAUCUGAACUGACAGCACUACGCCUUCGUCAACACGUCAAUCUUCGAAAGUUUCGUUCGAAAACAAAGACGGAUCUAACUUUUGCAGCAACACCUGUAUCAUCCUUUUCUAGAAAACAAUCAAAGAGUAAAGCCUUAAACAAAAUAAUGAAUGCAUUACCGAUCAAUAAGAAUAAACAAUGUGAAUUAAUUCAAAAAAUUGCUGAAGAUUUGCAUCUUUUGAAAAUAGAUAAGAAAUAUGAACGUGGUCAACGAUCCGUAUCAAGAAAUACAAAGAAUAUCAUUCAUGAAUUUUAUUGUCGUGAUGACAAUAGUUAUUAA